AUGGUGGUAAAGAGUAAAGUGGUGUUCGAACACGUGAGAGACCUCGACGAUGUCUUUGAAAUUCUGAGGAGACACAAGUUGCGUCUCAACGCGUCCAAAUGUUCAUUUGGGGUAGGAUUAGGAAAAGUUUUGGGCUAUAUGGUGACCCACAAGGGAAUUAAGGUCAGUCUCGAUCAAAUUAGGGCUGUCAACAGUUUGCAGCCACCUCGGAAUCUUAAGGAGGUCCAAAAGCUUACCGGCAUGAUUGUUACCUUAAACUGUUUUAUUUCUCAGUUGGCGGAUAGGUGCAGACCUUUCUUCCUCUUGUUGAAUAAAUGGAAGGGAUUUGAAUGGAAUGAAGAAUGUGCUUUGGCCUUCCAACAACUUAAAGAGUAUCUGUCUAGGCCACCAAUCAUGUCCAAUCCUACGGUCAACGAAGUCUUGUUCGCCUACAUUGUUGUGGCCUCUCAUGCAGUAAGCCUAGUGCUGAUACGAAUGGACAACGGUGUACAACGAUUAGUCUAUUACGCGCACACAGUUAUUAUUCUAACACAACUCCUGCUCAGGUCCAUACUUCGGAGUGCUGAUUAUACAAGGAGAAUUGCUAAGUGGGGCACAAUUCUAGGGGCUUUUGACAUCAAGUACAUGCCUCGUACCUCCAUGAAGGGCCAAGUCCUCGCGGAUCUGGUGGCUGAAUUUGCUGAACCCUUGCUAGAAGAAGAAGUAGGGGUGCAAGGCAUGGACGAAAAAUUAGUUAGCGCAAUCUCUUUACCAGGGCCCACAUGCUGGAAAGUAUAUGUUGAUGGCACAGCAAACCAAAGGGGCUCUAGAAUGGGGCUAAUUCUGGUUUCCCCUAAAAGGGUUACCAUCAAAAAAUCACUAAGACUGGGCUUCUCGGCUACGAAUAAUGAGGUCGAAGAAGGAAUGUCCAUGGUUCAAAAACUGGGCGGAAAAGCGAUAAACAUGUUCUCGGACUCAAGAUUGAUUAUUGGCCAAGUAAAUGGGGAGUUAGAAGCAAGGGACGAAAGAAUGCAAGAAUACUUAGACCAAACUAAAUCCCUACGAUCACGUUUCGAUUCUUUUAGCUUACUGCACAUCAUUAGGAGUGGAAACACACAUGCCGACUCUUUGGCCACGCUUGCCACCUCCUCGGCUCAAUUUUUACCUCGGGUCAUCCUUAUGGAAGAUUUAUACAAACCUUCAGUGACGAAAAGAGAAGUGGUCCAUGUCCACCAUGUCAGAGUGGGACCCAACUAG